GUCAUCCUCACCCUCGUGUCGGCCCCGCCCAGCUCUUGGCUCCUGCGCUCCCAGACAGCAUUACCUGACAGGAGGAGACAUGGCUCCACGUAGGAGCCCCAAAAGCGGCAGUCCCGGCCCCGGACCCCGGAGAGAAGCAAAACAUGGUGGAAACAAGAGUGCCAAGAAAGAAGGAGUUUCUGGGAGCUCUUUUUUUACAUGGUUCAUGGUAAUUGCACUUCUGGGAGUAUGGACAUCAGUUGCAGUAGUUUGGUUUGAACUUGUUGAUUACGAGGAAGUACUAGGAAAACUUGGGAUCUAUGAUGCUGACGGUGAUGGUGAUUUUGAUAUGGAAGAUGCCAAGGUUUUGCUAGGAGUAAAACCUGGAGAGAUUAUCAAGAGCAAAGUCAAAGUAAUCAAAGAAUCAGCUAAGAAAACAAAAGAAAAGCAGCAAUUAAAGAAAGAAGCCAAAGAAGAAGAAAAGAAGAAGAUAAAGAAAAAAAUUGAGGACUUUGAUAUAAAGGAUGAGAAAAUUGAUGAUAAAUCAAAAAAAGAUUCUCAUAAAAUUAAGCAAGAUAGAAAACCUGGAAAAGAAAAAUCAGAGUUAGACAAAAAUCAUAAAGGUAAAGAUAUGAAAGUAUUGCCUGAUGACAAAGAUAAAGAAGUAAAGAAGUUAGCAAAGAGUCUUUCUAAAGCAUCUGAAGAAGAUAAAAGAAAAAAAACAAAGUAACACUUUUUAAUGUCUGAAUAGUGCUUUAGUCAAAAGAACGAAAGAAACCAUAGAUAUUUAAUCUGUAAUACAUUUUUUCUUAAUUAGUUGGAAUAAACAAGAAUACAUGUUUAUUUCCAUCCAGCCUUAAUGUGUGAAUUUAUAAACAUGCAGUAUUCCAGUUGUACAUAGCUUGUUUACUCAUAUUGUGAUCAGUUAUACAAUGGAAUCUUAUUUUUGCUACUCAGUAUGGCACACAAAAAAGGCUAUUGUAAAAAUAAAGAGACUGAAAUAUUUGAAAGUAGUAUUGAAUUUACAACAAUAUUUCAUACCAAUUCUUAGAAGUGUAAUAGAAAAAUAAACUUGGAUCUGGUUCUCAGG